UACUCUCUCUCUCUCUAUCUGUCCAUCUAUCUAUCUAUCACCUUGAUUUCAAUAUUUUGUGACAAAUUUAAUUCUUCAUUUUUUGAGACCAUAGAAAGCAUAAAAAUUGGUUGAUUGUCUACGGUUCUUUAAAUUACCUCUCAUCACUUAAUUUGUCGAAAUUACCUCUGUUUUUCUCAAUUCAGUUUUUUGCAGUUUGAUUACAAUUUCAGCUCUCUCUACCAUACUAUCAGCAAGUGAUAAUGGCUGGACAAGUUGUCAAUAGACCAAUGUCUAUAUGUGACUUUGAAAUUGUUGAGAGAGACUCUGGUGGCACUGCUGUAGCGUCUUCUAACCAGAUCCAUCCUUGGAUCGACCCAGCAACAAUUAAACUCAAGCACAGGAUUGGAAGAGGGCCAUUUGGUGAUGUUUGGCUGGCGACACAUCACCGUGCAACGGAAGACUACGAAGAGUAUCAUGAAGUGGCUGUUAAAAUGUUGCAUUCCAUUAAAGAAAAUGAUGUUAAAGAUGUCUUGGUAAAGUUGGAGGAUUUACUUUCUAAAUGUCGGGGUUUAGAAAACGUCUGCUGGCUGCAUGGACUUUCCGUUAUAACUAAGAAAAUAUGCAUUGUUAUGAAAUUUUAUGAGGGCUCAGUUGGGGACAAAAUGGCUCGCCUCAAAGGGGGGAAGCUCUCGAUGAGUGAUGUUUUGAGGUAUGGAGCAGAUUUGGCUCAAGGAGUAAUGGACCUACACUCCAAGGAAAUUCUUAUUCUUAAUCUUAAACCUUUUAAUUUCCUUUUGAAUGAAAAUGACCGGGCGAUUCUUGGAGACAUAGGAAUUCCUUAUGUGUUACUUGGCGUUUCUCUGCCAAGUAUUGAUAUGAUUCGGAGACUUGGUACUCCUAACUACAUGGCUCCAGAACAAUGGCAACCCGAUAUUAUUGGUCCUCUAUCCUUUGAAACCGAUUCAUGGGGGUUUGGUUGCAGCAUAGUCGAGAUGUUGACUGGCAUUCAGCCUUGGAGUGGUAAAUCAAUUGAUGAGAUACACAAACUGGUAGUAAAGAAGCAAGAAAAACCACAUAUACCCAGUGGGCUCCCUCCUGCUGUUGAGAAUGUCAUUAUUGGUUGUUUUGAGUAUGACUUCAUGAGUCGCCCCAUGAUGUCAGACAUAUUACAAGCAUUUAAAAGCUCACAAAAUGCAGUUUACCAGGAUGGAGGCUGGACAGGUCUUGGAAGUAUAAUUAUAAGAGAAAAACAAGGUGGUGGUAAUUAUACUGAGUGGUUCCUUGCGAAGGAUCAUCUGCAAGUGGGUGACAUGGUACGAUCUAGAAAGUUACCAAACUCGUGCAAACCUGAAAACAUGGAUGUACCGGAGGGAAGUGUAGUUGGUUUAGAACGUGACACAGAUCGCGAUGGACUUGUUUUGGUGAGGAUGCAUGGACUUCAUGACCCAAUAAGAGUUCAUGCUUCUACAUUAGAACGUGUGACAUUUGGAUUGGCUGCAGGAGAUUGGGUGCUCUUGAAGAAAGAAGACAAGAGGCAUUCGCCCGUGGGUAUACUUCACUCCAUUGACCGUGAUGGAAAUGUAGCAGUUGGAUUUAUAGGACUCGAGACUCUUUGGAAAGGCAAUUACUCAGAGCUCGAAAUGGCAAAACCUUACUGUGUAGGGCAGUUCAUAAGGCUGAGAUCAAAUGUUUUCAGCCCUCGUUUUGAAUGGCCGUGGAGAAGAUGUGGUGAGUGGGCAGCGGGCAGAAUUUGUCAGAUACUUCCAAAUGGCUGCCUUGUGAUCGAGUUCCCAGGUAGAUUGACACUCAGUAAUGAAAACAGAAGCUUCUUGGCUGAUCCGGCUGAAGUUGAACUCGUGUCAUUCGACACUUGUCCAGGCUUGGUGAAGAAGUAUCAACAUCUUGAGGAUUUUCACUGGGCGGUCAGACCAUUACUGAUAGCAUUGGGUCUGUUUACUGCCAUGAAGCUAGGGCUUCGUGUUGGGAGGAAAUUGGGGAGGUCCAAGGUGAAGAAGGGACAUAAUCCGGCCAUACAAAAUGAUGGUCAACAUGUCGAUGGCCAAACUGGUGAGAACACAGCAUGGCGUCCUCCAAAAGUCGCAAACAUUUUCAGAUAAGGUGAUACAGAAACUGAGUUGCCAUGAUUUGAAAACUUGGCCUGUUAUGGAAAGCUGUAGAUUUCGCUGAAAUCUUGUCAAAAUUUGGAAAGCUCUUUCGUUAUUGUAAACAGAUGGUCGUUCUCGAAAGUACUCUGUCUACAACAUGCAUGUACGUACAAUGAUCUUGUGUAUAUAACAUACAUUCAUCUUCUAUGAUCUUCUGUAUGUUGUCCAUUAUGUUUAUGUUAAUAUCCGUGUGUUAUUAUUUCGAGGGAAACCUGCAACAUGAUAUAUGUAAGUUACCCUACAUGUACAGGGUACAUUGCCAGGGAGACAAUUGGCUGGAACAAAAAAGUUACGCUGCUUGGACAGGGUUUGGGAACAGAGUUGUUGAUAGGUGCUGUGUUGGCAACACCUGUGUUGUUCCUUUCUUUCUUUUUCAAACUUUUUAAUGAAAUGUUGACAUGUGUC